CAACCUCAACGACCAUUUACAUGUGAAAACCAAACGAAAAUGCUAAUGUUAGUACUAAAUUAAUGAAAAACAAUAAAGAAAAUGAAAGGGAGUGAAAAACCCAGGUGCAGAACCUUCAAUGGUUGCCAAUGAAAGCUUCCCAAUGGCAGAUCUCAAGUUCUCUUUCGCUGAAACUUUUCUUUGCAGUGCUUUUGCUGCUUGUUUUGCUGAGUUCUGUACCAUUCCUUUGGACACUGCCAAAGUUAGACUUCAGCUCCAAAAGAAAGCAGUUGGUGAUGAAGUUAAUUUACCUAAAUAUAGGGGCUUGUUGGGUACUAUGGCUACUAUUGCUAAGGAAGAAGGGUUAUCAGCACUUUGGAAAGGAAUAAUCGCUGGCUUACAUCGCCAAUGCAUUUACGGAGGUUUAAGGAUUGGGUUAUAUGAACCGGUCAAAACAUUUUUAGUUGGCAGUGAUUAUGUUGGAGAUAUUCCUUUAUACCAAAAAAUUCUAGCAGCUUUAUUGACUGGUGCUCUAGCUAUUGCAGUCGCUAAUCCAACUGAUCUUGUUAAAGUUCGACUGCAAGCUGAAGGAAAAUUUCCAGUUGGGGUCGCUAGGCGUUAUUAUGGGACUUUGGAUGCAUACUACACGAUAGUUAGACAAGAAGGACUAGGGGCACUGUGGACAGGACUUGGGCCCAACAUUGCACGAAAUGCCAUUGUAAAUGCUGCUGAACUAGCCAGUUAUGAUCAAGUGAAACAGACAAUUUUGAAAAUUCCAGGGUUCUCAGACAAUGUUCUAACUCAUCUUCUAGCAGGUCUUGGUGCAGGUCUCUUUGCAGUCUGUAUUGGUUCUCCCAUUGAUGUGGUAAAAUCUAGAAUGAUGGGAGACUCUGGCUACAAAAACACUCUUGAUUGUUUCAUUAAAACUUUGAAGAAUGAGUUGAUGCGUCACAGGGAUUCUUUGCCUUCUAUAAGGGGUUUCUUCCAAAUUUCAGUCGGCUAGGAUCUUGGAACGUGGUUAUGUUUUUGACUCUUGAGCAAGCUAAGAAAGUUUUCCGGGGCGAAUUAUAUUAUGACUGAUUUUAGCUUGCAACUCGGAAAACACAGCUUUUGCUUGCUUAUUGUCCCUUCGAUUCUUGAGCAGUAUAUUUUUUGAGCAAAGAGUAAGGUAGGCAUUGCAUUUGCCAUUUUUUUUUUUUUUUGUAACUUUUCAUUUGUCUUAGAUAAAAUAGUGUCAUUGUAACCAUUAGUGAACUUUUCCUCACACUUUUGUGGGAAUACAAGCUGUCUGUCUGUCUGUCUGUCUCCUCCCAACCAAACUGAAAUUGGCAAAUAUUUGCCCCAUUGUAUUUGGAAUCAUGUAAUACCAACAUUUGUGGGACAUUCAACAAACAUUGCUUAUUCUUGAAGUAAAACAUGAGAUAUUUAAGUUGCUUGGACCUGAUGUGCCCUCCAUUGCCUUGUUUGAUAGCGGAAGGAAACUUGGUUGAAGGUGGAAACAAUACUUUGCUCUCGUUCAAUCAAUAUACCUCCCCCCCACUGUAAAUCCUAAAACAUAUCCAAGCAGAG